AUGGGUCGCGUUAGAACUAAGACUGUCAAGAAGGCUUCUCGUGUUGUCAUUGAAAAGUACUAUCCUCGUCUUACUCUUGACUUCCAAGUCAACAAGAAGAUCCUCGAUGAAGUUUCCAUCAUUCAAUCCAAGCGUCUCCGUAACAAGAUUGCUGGUUUCACUACUCACUUGAUGAAGCGUAUUUCUCGCGGUCCCGUUCGUGGUAUUUCUUUCAAGUUGCAAGAAGAAGAACGUGAACGUCGUGAUAACUACGUUCCCGAAUUCUCUGCUUUGGAUACCUCCAAUAUUGAGGUUGAUCCCGAGACCGAGGCUUUGCUCAAGGCUAUCAACUUUGAGAACCUUCCCGGUGUUAAGGUUACUGCUCCUGUUGCUGCUUUCACUCCUCGCAACAACCGUGGUCCUCGUGGUCCCCGUAAGGCUGCUGAGGCUCAGGCUUAA